GAUGCCGCAUCACUGCUCGGCUUGGGGUUGUACAAACCGACAAAAUAAAGACUGUAAACUGCGUGGAAUUACCUUCCACAGGUUUCCCACCAACAAAUUUGUGAGGAAGCAGUGGGAAGCAGCUCUCCGGAGAGAGGCUUUCAUUGCGACUUCGUACUCGAGGCUCUGCAGCGAGCACUUUGAGGAGAAGGACUUCGACAGGACAGGUCAGACUGUCCGGAUCAGGGAUGGAGUAUUACCAUCUGUAUUCAACUUCCCAGCUCAUCUCAAAAGAACCGUGGCAACCAGGACAAGCUGGACAUCACAGCAGGCAGCCACUGCAACACUUCAGAACCAAUUAGUGGAGUGUUCUCCACCUGUUGCCGAAGGAGAACCUCAGCCCGACCCCAGUCUGGACCACUCCUAUGCACUACCCACAUGUCCUGGUGCUUUGAAAGCCAGACUCAGCAAAGCCAUGGCCAAGGUAGAAAGUCUGGAAAGAGAAAAGAGGAACGCCAGAGAUCGAGAACGGAGGGCAAAGAGCACAGUGUGUGGUCUUCUGGAGGAACUGAGAGCAAAAAACCUAAUAAAUGAAGAGCUGAAAGAGAAGCUGGACUUGUACUCAGGUGGAUGA